AUGUCCCAAGACAUGCUGAUCUUCGACUCAGGUUCCAGUGUGGCCCAGAACGAGUCCUACCCGUCUGGAACGAAGUUGAGCAUUUCUGCUUGCAAGUACCCGUGGACACUACAGCGUGUACGCACUAGUGUUGAUCCUGUUCUGACUUGUGUGGAUGGACAGUGGACAUCAUAUGGACAUGGAUCACCGCUAUGCCAAGCAUGUCGGCUGGAUGCCCAAGGACAAGACUAUGCCGCAAAAAGACACCUUGUCGUGGAGAGCAACGCCACAGCUUACGCAAUUGGGUCCAACCUGCAACUGAAAUGCAAGAAACACUUCGUUCAACAUGGUGACGUGAACGUCCCUUGCUAUCGACGUCCCGAGGACAACACGGCCGUAUUUGGACAGUUUCCCAGAUGCGAACAGAUCCUGUGCGAUAUGACGGAUAUCUCGAGACUCGGUAUGACGACGGUGACUGGUCGCAGGAUGAGAGGAUUCGUUCGUGUCGGCAAGACGGUGAACAUCACCUGCUCCAGUCCGAUUACGACGCUGUCACGUGACCAGUAUCAUCACCACCCGCAUGCUACUGGGCAGCGUCUGCGUCACCAUGGCAAAAACAUGGAGGUGACCUGCUUUCCACAGCAUCACGUGACAGGCAAUGGCACUGCGCAGAACUGGCUGGGAAGGUUUCUGGUGUCGUCCCCGAACGAAGCAGAAGAAAACAGUCUGAACGCUGCUGCUAUGGUGAUGAAUUGCCCAUAACUUCAAGAAGGAGCAAUCCUCGUCUUG